GGAUUCAGGCAGCAAUCGCUCACCAGUUGGGACAAAAUGAUCUCAAGGGGAUCCGUGUGGCAGUUCAGGGUGUUGGAAGCGUUGGGGCAGAGCUUUGUCGUUUGCUUCACGAAUCUGGGGCUUCUCUCGUGGUGGCUGAUGUCAAUGAAGAGGGUCUGAAAGAGGUUGUGCGUCAAUAUAAUGCUGAAACCGUUGGGGUUGAUGUAAUUUAUGAUGCGGAUGUCGAUUUUUUUUGCCCUUGUGCUUUAGGGGCAAUCUUAAACUCUGAAACAAUUCCUCGCUUAAAAGCGUCUAUUGUUGCAGGGGCAGCCAAUAACCAGCUUGCAAGCCCAAGUCAUGAUGCUCUUCUUUCAGAAAAAGGAAUUUUAUACGCUCCUGAUUAUGUGAUUAAUGCAGGAGGGCUGAUUAACGUGACGUAUGAAGGCCCAAAUUAUAAUCGAGAAAUUGCCUUAAAACACGUGGAUGGGAUUUUCGAUACCUUAACGGAAGUUUUCCAAAGAGCGGUUGAAAGGAAUAUUCCCACAGGUCAGGCUGCAGAUGAAGUUGCUGAACAGCGUUUUUCUCACCCUUGUGAUAACGGUGAUUAUGAUGAGCUUAUGGUCUCUAGCGGUCGUCUUUCUGGUCGUUAA